AAAACCUUCGGCAGUUCCAACACACCAUUCAUCCUUACGAUUGGAUAUAUUGCAACCAGUAGAAAAAAGGUCUACCCUUAUCCUCCUCUCCUCUGCGAAGCGGGAUGUCCACGAUCUCCGCAAGCGCUUCCAUUUUCUUCAUCCUGAGUGCCCUGCCAUCGACAGCCUUUGGCGGCGUGGACUUCCUUCAGGCCCCUGACCCUGUGAGCCGCCUGGAGGACCGCUUACGCUCCACCUACUUGGCGUUGCCACGAGACGGCGAGGGCCUGCCAGACUCGAGCGGAGUUCGCUACCUGGCCAGGCGCUACCUCGAGGUCGAGCACGGCUGGACCGUGAAGGGCCUCGACAUGGUGCCAUGGCUCCGCGACGGCCGCAACGCCAGCCAGUCGGCGGGGCUGCGCGCCUCUGAGCUGCUUGCUGGUGGUGGCGAACUUCCAACGUCAGGCCCUCUGCUCGUAGUCCUGUCCCCGGAGCCGAGGCGGGGAUUCACUCUGCGCGAGGCGGCUGAGGUCGUCCUUGCCCUCGAGGAGUUUGUGGCCAGCCACGAUGCCGCCCUCAUUGGUCGGGCCAUCGCGCUGUCGAAGAUGCCGGGCUUUUUCCGAGACGGGGCGAGGACGCUCUCCGACGGUGAGGUGGCUCUGUGGUUCUACGCCAUGCUGCUCCACACGAGCGACGCAGACGUACUGAGAGGACAACUCGAGCCAGCGAUUGUACUCCGAGUCAUGCAGGAGCUCAACCAACGGAGCUUGGGCCUCGCCGCGGACGCGGGGGUGCCGCUGCGGUUUAUCGUGGCCGAGGCGGCCCAGAAGGCCAUCGACAAGCAAGCCGAUGCGGAAUUGCAGCAUCCGGGUGCGUCCAUGACCGCCACAGGAAUGCGCCACAUCCGGAAAAGGCUGCAUGAGCGCCACACGCGGGGCUGGUGCCAGCGGCUGCGGGGCGUGCUGUCCUCUAUGGACCACAAGGGGUCUGGGCAGGUGGAGUUCCGGCAUGUCUUCGCGACCACGGUGAACAAUUGGCGCUUCACUGAGACUCCAGAGUACCUGAGCGCAGUUGGCGCGCUCGCCGAGAAGAGGGUCAAAGGGGGCAGCCCAGGCGUGCUCAUUCCGAACUACGUGUCUGGCAUGAACAGCUGCGAAUCUCCGACCGAGCACCCAGCGAUGUCCUGUUGCCCAGAUGAGUGCGAGGCUGACAUCAUGCCACGCCUAGAGGCCGCUGCAGCAGGGCCCCGCAUCGCACCGAAGAAGGUUUGGGCGGCGCUGUCCCACCUGAUCAAAAGAGACAAGUUGGCCACGGCCGAAAAGCGCAAGGAGCUGCGCUCUCGGCUGCGCGCCCUGGGGCUCAGGUCCGGGGACGGCCUUGUCGAGGUUCACGGGCGGCAGCUUGGCCGCUGGUUGCACCGCGCGUUCCCGCACAAGUGCCGCGGGCCCGCUGCCCGCGGCUCCCCAGCCCUGGUGGACCCGACUCUGUCGCGCCAAGCUUGGGUUAACGAUGGCAAAUUUCAGCCCACGGCAGCAGAAGACAUCGAGGUGAUCCGCGCACACCUGCAGGCCCGCUGGGGUCCAGACGGUACGGGCGCGGACCCGCAUUGCUUUGCGGCGAGGAGCACGAUGAGUUUAGACGAGGAGCUGCAGCUAGUCCACAAGCUCAACGAUCAGCAGAAAAGCGGCGGGCCGCCUGUGCAGCAGGCACUAGAAAACGCCCUCAACGUCCGUGUUCUCGACAGCUCGUCCCAUGCGGAGCACAUAUUGGCCACCAUUCUGGCAAUAGCACUGCUGGGGCCCUUGGCAGCGGCGGUCGCCCUGAUGGGCGGGGACACCGUCAAGGUCUGCUCCUUCCUGGCGGCUGCCGCGGCCCUAGCAGGGCGGCUCAGCUCCGCUCGGCCGGUGGCACCGCGUGCGCAGGAGUGCCGCGAGCGCGGCGUGGGUGUGGCCCUCGGCCGCGAAGGCCCUUGCUGGGCCUGCGAGGCAGGCCCCGCGGUGACCGAGAAGGACGAGUCCACGGACUCGGGAGACACGGAGUCGGUUUCUCCCGCGUCUGAGUACUCGGAGGCCGCUAGGGAGCUGUGCGCAGAGGACUCAGACUCGGAGCGCGAGACCGUCAAGGCUUCCGCGGAGGCGGACCGCGGCUGCGUCGACGCCAGCGAUGCGUUCCCGAUCCAGACGGAGGUGUCCCCAGACGUGGCGACCAAGGCCGACAAGGAGGAGGCAGAUCCUCAGGAAGCACCUGCAGCAGGUGAGGUAAUGCCGCUAGCAGAGGCGGCUGGUGCCAGGCAGCUUCCGAGGCAGGCGACGUUCCCGAAGGGCUUCUGGCCUCCCCCAGGGCUGGAGCCGCCGCCGGGGCUGCAGCUUAUAUUCGAGGCCGUCGGGCUCGAGCCCGACCUUCAUCGUCCGCACCAGGAGCAGAGUCCCCCCAGCGUGGAGCUCACCGUGCAUGAGCGAACGAGCGUCGAGGAACACAGCCCCGCUCCGCCUCAUGAGUGUAAUGUACCGCACCCGCAUCGCCUCACGCAGCAGGCCUAACCCGCCGCAUUAGCGCGGCGUGCCGCCACUUCAGGUAGGGCAGAUGCUCCUCCUCGAUCCUAGAACUGCUGUGCUCAUCUCGCUCGAGCAUCCAAAUGUGACCUUAACACCGAAUUCAGCAAGCACUGCAUGCCGUCAGAUCGCUUCGAGCUGACUCGCGCUUCCAGCCUCUUCCUGUCGCUGGUGAAUGCCAGGACUGAGUCGAGGUUCCCGUGAACCAAGUAGUGUAGAGCAUUGCUUGCAGCGGCGAGGGGCAGAUGCGCCUGCAUGUCUUGGCACCCUCUGGCACACUGCCCCACGGCGAGUGAAGGACGGGCACUCUGCAAGCACAUGUUGGCGACUUGCGUGUCUUCCUGCCCAUACUCCGACAUAAAGUGCCGUCGCCAGCUCUCGACCCCCCCACCUCAUCACGGCUGGGGCGAGGAGAAGCGACCAGACAGAGGGCCCUCGUGGCGGCCGCCAAUCCAGCCCUCCGCCCCUCCACGGUGCAGUCC